UCACCAUCUUCAAUAGCAAAUGAACUGUUGGAUAAAUACCUAUGCAUAAGUGUAAAAAAACAAUUCGAUUCAAGUUCAGUAUCAUCCAAAUGAGCCACCUCGAUUGUUUACCGGUUGCUGUGAUUUUAUUGAUAUGCAACUAUUUAGUGAAAUGCCACAAUGAUUGUCCGGUUCCGAUUACAAGACAGGAGUGGAAUGCCGCAGCUCCACUCAGCAAUAGGACCUUGAGAGAAAACCCCCCUCCUUUUGUGGUUGUGCACCAUUCCGCUACCAAAUCCUGUUUAACAGAGGAAGAAUGUAAAAGCCUUGUGAAAAGCAUUCAGCGAUUUCAUAUGGUGGACAACAGGUGGGACGACAUAGGAUACACUUUUCUGAUUGGAGGAGAUGGUAGAGUUUAUGAAGGAAGAGGAUGGAAUAGGCAUGGUGCUCACGUCGUCAAAUAUAACGCAAGAAGCUUAGGAAUAUGCCUUCUUGGGGAUUUUCAAGAUGUGGAGCCUCCUCAUGUUCAAGUCGAAGUUCUGAAAAAAUUCAUCGAAUGCGCCCAGAGAAACAACCGAAUAACCGAAAACUACCACUUGAUUGGACACCGACAAGGUAGUGUGACUCUAUGCCCAGGCGACAAGUUGUUUGACGUUAUUAAAACGUGGCCACAUUUCGAUGAGAACCCUAUGUGAUGAAUGUUUGUGAUAUUUCAAAUGACAGUAAUUUCGGAUUUUAUGUGUGACUUCUUUGACUCAAUUCAAAAUUUUCACAGAGAUCAGCAUUAGAUAAAUUUUAAUGGGGGCGAGAAAUUUCAGCCAAACGGUGUGUAGUUCCUAUUGUAAAUGUAUAUUAUAAGUUGUAUUUAUUUGUAAUGAUGAUCCUUGAAAAAUAUUCAUAAAGUAAAUGCCACUUACAAGAA